GUCAACCACUCUCCCAAGUGGCUCUUUUUCUCCCACUCCCUUUCUCUUUCCUCUCUCGCAUUCUCUCAGGUGCUCCAAAUAAGAGGAGAACUACAAUGUGCCGCUGGUCCCUGCUGUUCCUGUGGGGUUUGCUCCCCAGCAGCGCUCCAGGGGGGACUGGUCGCAGUUACCCACACCGCGCUCUCCUGGAUUGGGAGGGCAAGUACUGGUUACAAUGGGGCCACGAAGGCAGCACGCUUGCCUUCCGACUGGAGGUGCAGACCCCUGGCUACGUAGGUUUGGGCUUCUCGCCCACCGGAGCGAUGACUUCAGCGGACAUCGUCUUGGGAGGGGUGGAGAAUGGCAGUCCUUAUCUUCAGGAUUAUUUUACAGAUAUAAAUAGAGAAUUAAAGAAGGAUCCUCAACAGGAUUAUCAUCUAGAGUAUGCCAUGCAAAAUAGCACACACACUGUAAUUGAAUUUACCAGGGAGCUACAUACUUGUGACAUAAACGAUAAGACCAUAACGGAAAGCACAGUGAGAGUGAUAUGGGCUUAUCACCAUGAAGAUAUCAGUGAAUCAGGUCCUAAAUACCAUGGAUCUAAUCGGGGAACCAAGAGUCUAAAAUUGUUGAAUCCAGAGAAAACCAACAUCUUGCCCACAGACUUACCAUAUUUUGACUUGACAAAUAAAAACGUGCCGAUUCCAAAUAAAGGCACGACAUAUUGGUGCCAAAUGUUUAAGAUACCUGUUUUCCAAGAAAAACAACAUGUGAUAAAGGUUGAACCAGUAAUACAGAAAGGCCACGAGAGCUUAAUACACCACAUUCUCCUUUACCACUGCAGUAACAAUUUUAAUGAGAGUGUUUUGGAUUAUGGCCAUGAAUGCUAUCACCCAAACAUGCCAGAUGCUUUCCUGACCUGUGAAACAGUUGUCUUUGCUUGGGCCAUUGGUGGAGAGGGAUUUUCAUAUCCUCCUCAUGUUGGCUUGUCCCUGGGUACGUCAUUAGACCCUAACUACGUUCUUCUGGAAGUUCAUUAUGAUAAUCCAACAUAUCAGGAAGGCUUGAUAGAUAGCUCUGGACUGAGGUUCUUUCAUACCACCAUUUUAAGGAAAUAUGAUGCUGGGAUAAUUGAAGCAGGUCUCUGGGUCAGUCUCUUCCAUAAUAUCCCUCCAGGGAUGUCUGAAUUUAGAUCAGAGGGUCAUUGCACUCUGGAAUGCCUUGAGGAGGCCCUAGAAGCUGAAAAACCAAGUGGAAUUCAUGUAUUUGCUGUUCUUCUCCAUGCACAUCUUGCUGGCAGAGGUAUCAGGAUGCGCCAUUUCCGUAAAGGGGAGGAACUCAAACUACUUGCUUAUGAUGAUAACUUUGACUUCAAUUUCCAGGAGUUUCAGUAUUUAAAGGAAGAAAGAACUAUCUUGCCGGGUGACAACUUAAUCACAGAAUGUUGCUAUAAUACGAGAGAUCGUGUACGCAUGACAUGGGGUGGACUAAGCACCAGAAGUGAAAUGUGUCUCUCAUAUCUACUCUACUACCCAAGAAUCAAUCUUACUCGAUGUGCAAGUAUUCCAGACAUUAUGGAACAACUUCAAUUCAUUGGUGUUAAGGAGAUCUACAGGCCAGUCACGACUUGGCCUUUCAUUAUCAAGAGUCCUAAGCAAUAUAAAAACUUAUCUUUCAUGGAUGCAAUGAACAAGUUUAAAUGGUCUAAAAAAGAUGGAAUAUCCUUCAAUAAACUUGUUCUUGGGCUGCCUGUGAAUGUGAGAUGUUCUAAGACAGACAAUGCAGAGUGGUCGAUUCAAGGAAUGACAGCAUUACCUCCGGAAGUUGAAAGACCAUAUAAGCCAGAGCCAUUUGUGUGUGGAUCUUCCUCCUCCUCCUCCUCUUCCUCAUCUUCCUCCUCUUUAUAUCCAAAUGUUAUUCUCCAGAUGAUUGUUUUCUUUCUUAUCUUCAGCAACAAAGUGAGCAUCAGGCAUUAUGUAUAAUAAUUUGAUUGUACUUGAUGAUAUUCUCUAUGUCAGGCAAGCACAGAAUAUGUUUGCACUCUUGUUUCCCAUGAUCAAAAUGAAUAAUUAAGAUGCAAUCACAGGUCAUAGACAAUUUGGAAGUCCUUUUCGCUCUCUCCCCUGCCCAGUUUAUUUUUCUUAGGAUACUCACUUCCACCCCUAUUUUAUUCUAGCUCAUUUAGAGUACACCAGUCAGCCAAUUUCUCCUAUUUUCCAGAGAUGUUAAAUGCUAUAUGACAUUCAGUGAAAUGAACACUCCAUGAAAUGAAAUCUUUCUUUGGGAAUAAGGAAAAGAUGGGAUAUUUGUGUAUUUUGAUUUUCAGGUUUUUUUUUAAAUAUUGACUAUAUUAAUUUAAUUUCUGUUUUUUAAUACAAUUUGGGCUUUCUCUUAUGAAUUAAAAAAAAUCUUUUAUCUAAAAAAAAAAAAAACUGAGGCAAGUUUCAUUCCACUUUUCUUCCUUAUUCUUGAUACACAUUAUUAUUAUUAUUCUUACUUCCUCUUUCAAUUGUUACAUGUUUGUCUUUUUCUCUUAAGCUUAUUUGUAUCUCUUUUUAUAUUUAAUUUUUCACUCUUUUUUUUUUUCAUUACUCCCAAGUAUUGCAAAAUUAUAUCACAUUAAGUCUACUCUUUCUUUAAGGGCCUGGUUAUACUCUUCACUUUUCUUUCAGUUCUCCUUUGAGAUUACAUAGUCCACAAUCUCAUAAUUCUCCUUUUGCCUUCCUCACUUUCCUAUUUAUGAGUUUUACCUUGAGUGCUCAAAUCACCUAUAUAGUUUCUGGAACUUUAAGAGUACACAAUAGGUGAUUUCUUGUAGACUCAUAAACGAAAAGCAUUCCUCAACUUGCUGAUGACUAGUUGUUGAGAAGUCCUUUACUCUGAUUCCUUGUCAGGGGUAAAAUAGUCUGACAUUCAUAGAUGAGAAGCAAGUAAUAGUGGGAAACCUAUGUAGCAUGCUGCCAAAACAGUGCUAGCAUGUCAUACUUACUGAAUACUGACUGAAUUUGAGCCCUGAUUGCUCUUGUAGAUUUAUUUUUAUAUGCAUACUUAAUGAACUAAUUUUCCUUAAUAAAACCAGUUAUUACUUUAAGAAAGCUCCCUCAGUUUCUGUGUCCAGAAUAUACCCACAUAACAUUCUUUUUAUGUGAUUAACAUUGAUUUCUAUGCAAUUCAAAUACAUUUCCACAUUUUCAAAAUGGUUUUAUGUUAGGAUAGUAUUAAUAAACUAAAUAUAAUUAAAUCUACCUGUGGUAUCUUGUUCUCUCUUUGAGAUGUACAAGUGAAACAAGUAUUCCUUUUACUAGGCCAGUCAAUUACAUAUGUUGCUGUUAUUGAUGCCAUUUUAAAGCUGUUUUUCUUCUGGAAAAUGUCACAUAAAGCCUUUCAUAUGCAUAAUAUUUUGAAAUGUUUCCUUUAUGUAUUUGCAAUGAAUCAUUUGAUUAAAAUUCUGUAAUAUUUAUAAAAUA